AGACUGGCAGUUCAAUACGAAGUCCUUCAAAACGGAUUCAGGGGCCGUAUUGUCUUCGCUCCAAUUGAGCUGCACGCAGGAGACAAGGUACUUGACAGCGGAGUUGGCUCAGCAACCUGGCUCCUUGACUGCUAUAAUGCCAAUAAGGAUGUUACUUUCCAUGGGAUCGAUUUGAAGACGGACAUUUUUCCAGAGCUCGAUGAUAUACAAAAGCGACGUAUACAUUUGGGACCGGGGAACAUUUUACAGCUACCGAACGAUUGGACCAGCAAUUUUCAGCUAGUAAACCAGCGACUCCUUAUCGCAGCGUUAUCCAAAGAGAUGUGGAACACGGCUGUGGAUGAAAUCUUCCGUGUCCUUGCUCCGGGAGGCUGGGUACAGCUCCUUGAAGCUAGUCAUUGCGCAGCUGGAGAGGUAACGCAAAGACACUUCUCGAUGCUUCGGGAUCUCUUCGUCAAAAGAGGUCUAUUACUCAAUUGCAUUGAACAUAUUCCAAAUGUCCUCAAAAGCGCUGGGUUUAACAAAAUCACGGCACAGCGUCUUGAAAUUAGCCUUGGGAGUGGGGAAGACGAAGACGGUAUGAAGGCUAAAGCUCGGGAGAGUUUUAUAGGUGCCUACAAGGGAAUGCAAACCCCAGUAGUGAAGAUGGGGAUUCGAACAGAGGGAGAAUAUAUAACGUUGAUGGAAGAUCUAGAAAGGGAAUGGGAGAGCAACGCUCAGUCAAAGGUUGUCUUCUACACCUUUGUAGCUCAGAAACCGACCGCGUCGGCUUCAGGUCUCACUCUGAAUAGCAGGCCAUUUUGUAUAUUUUAUUAA